CGAGCACACACAGUCGCGGGCCGAGCGCCGCCGUCUGCGUAUCGUGCUCCACGUGUUACUAACGAAUUUACAUUUCAUUUCGUCUUCUCAAUGUGCUUCAUGAUAAUCGCUCCAAUUUAUCCACGCUUAUGAGGAACAAGGUCGCUAAAUAAAAACUCAUCGAUUUAUUGACUCCGCGCUUUUUUCUUAUUUGUGAAAGAUUUGAGGAAAUAGGCUCGAACCCAGAUAACACUGUAUCGGAGUCAACAUUGAUGAAAUUAUGGAAAUGAGAUUGGAGUUUAAUCAAAUUUCGUUAGAUUCGAUUCACCCGGUAUUUGGUGCGAUCUAUUUUAUAAAUGUUCCCUCAACAUUGAUUGUGUACAUAUCCACGUAUGUAUAAUACGAUGACCAUUGGAAUGAGAAGGAUCCGAGAAACGAGAACGGUGAAAAACUGUUCUGUAUCAAGAAUUUUAGUGAAUGUCAUACGAAACUUCAUUCACGUGCGUCCGGGAACGUGACUCUACAUUUCGCUUCGUUAUAAAAGUACAUCGGAGCAUUUUAUUGGUCGACUAAACCAUUGAAAAGUGAUGAAAUUAGUGAUAAAAGGAGGUGAAGGUUACGAGAAAAAGGACACUCGCGAUGUACGUGGGAUUAUUGAAUUGGUGCACGAGGAAAAGUCACGAGGGGAUGCGCGAACCGAUUAGCAGGCCAUUUCUAUCAUUCUCCCGCCAAUUAAUCAGCGAAACUCCGAAUUUUGUUGGACAUUCGAUCAUCCGAUUACGCCGAUCAAUUAUCCAAGGCGAAUGAAACAUUAGGAAACUUGCUCUAUCGGCAGGCUCAACAUUUCAUUAUGAAUAUUUAAAUAUCCAGCAUGAAUUUCGGCUACGAAUAAUUAGCUAUUAAUCAAUAAAUCACUCUUUCGCGAUUAAUGAUACUUAUGAUUAAAUGCUUCGGUCAAAAUCCGUGUACCAUGAACGUGAACGAUAUCCAGUGCGUUUCAGAAGCUGUGUGAUGUGAUUUGAAUAUUUCAUCGAAGGAAUUUAAACUGCAAAAAACACAGAAAAAGCUAUGGCGGUGCUGGUCAUCGAGUCAACGGGCAGUAAUUGAGCUGGGUCCUCGGCCUCAGGAGGGGGGUAUGGAUUUUCAGAGCGCAAUGGAGACUUUUGCCGAAGCAUGGGUGGCUGCCAACACCAAAACUGAUCAGGUUCAGAGCCAAGCCCUGGCGUUGACCCACAAGGCAUCGCCGCCAUCGAGGCCCAAUAGCGUAACCUCGUUACCGCGAACUCCACCGUCUCACCAAUCUCAUCAGCAGUCGCAACAGCAUCAACCACAGCAGCGAAGUACACCCCAACCCUCGUCCAUUCACUCUUCUCACCAGUCGCAGCCUCCGGUUGUGGCGAAUCCACCGCAGGCACCACCCUUCAACGCCCACGCUCAACAUCUUAAGCAGGAAGUCAACUCGAGCCCGAAACACGAAGGGUUCGAUCUCAGCAAGAAUUCGACCGUAGCCGGCAAAAGUCCUGUUCCUGUUCAUUGCGUGGUUGAAGCGAUUCACAGCAUUGUCGAAAGCCGACUGAGCGUGGCUCGUGAAAAAUGGCGGAAUCCACAUGUGGAAGUUGAUACUUAUGUCAUUAUUCCAGCCGCUGUGCCAUUUCAGGAUUUGGUGGGCGAGGCUCUCGUACGCCUCGGAUAUCCGACGGAUCUCAUACCCAGCGCUAGAGGUAGCAUCGUUAUAAGGAAUUGGAAACCGUUGCCAAUGGAAAAAAUAGCGGAUGAGCCACUACGAACGGUUGGCGAUAUUUUGGCCGAGUUGACAACGGUGGCUACAUUGAAGAUUCAAGUUUAUCGUUUGAGACCACCGCCCCCGAGUCCUACGGCUGAUGUUCGUGACAAAAUGUUGAGGCUUCUGUUACUUCACAAUCAUGCACUUUUGGUCUCAGCCGGUUGUCCCUUGGAUGAGAUGACUCUAUCGUCGCUGUGUCGCGGAGGAAACGAGUUGUCAGAAGAAACGAGGAGAAAUUUCGAAGCUUGGCUGCAGCAGCAACAAAUGGGUCUAGGACUUAAUUCAAUGAUGCCAUCGUCGAAUCACCAUCAGACCCAAAGCCCCAGACCAGAUUCGGGUGGUCCGGUUGGACCCGGUGGUCCCAUAGGCCCACCACAUCCCGCCAUGUUGCCCUACUCACACAAAACCCGGAUGCGCACGAGCUUUGAUCCAGAACUCGAGUUGCCCCGUUUACAAAGAUGGUUCGGCGAGAAUCAACAUCCGACGCGACAGCAGAUACAGCAUUACGUUUCCGAGUUGAAUUCUUUGGAAUCGAGGCGUGGACGCAAAUUACUGGAAGCGAACAACGUCGUUUACUGGUUCAAGAACGCGAGGGCAGCGCAAAAGAGGGCAGAGACGCGAGGAAUCAACGGGUAUAGUCCACCAGGACUCAGUCCUCGUGGAGCGAGCAUUAUCAGCGAAGAUUGUAGCGACGAAGAAGAGGAUUCGAGGCAUCAGUCAAUCUCGCCUUCGCCUCGACCACCCAGCAGUCCACCGGUUGGUCCGCUGUCGCUGACAACGCGUCCGGAGGAUCAACAACAACCGAUAUCCGCACCGGCAGUUAAGCGCGAAGAGGCGAGAGUAUCGUCAGGCUCCGAAGACGACGAGGCCAGUACCACAACUUCUUUGCCAUCAGGGUUCUCCCUUGUGCCGAGUCCAAUAUUUGGCCACGGCAUAAUGUACAUGUCACCGUAUCUACCGCCGAGGGGACCACCGGGUUGUCCAACGAGUAUGCUCGACGAAAGGCGAAAGAGAAACCGGACGUUCAUCGAUCCGGUUACGGAAGUCCCGAGACUUGAAAACUGGUUCACUCACAAUACUCAUCCGAGCCAUGCGCUUAUACUGAAGUAUACGGAAGAAUUGAACAGAAUGCCCUACCGUCAGAAGUUUCCUCGCCUUGAACCGAAGAACGUACAAUUCUGGUUCAAGAAUCGUCGUGCCAAAUGCAAGCGCCUAAAGAUGGCACUUUUUGACGGUGAAUCACCGCAACCACAUUCCUAUCACGCGGACUAGUUUACCGUUGCUCCUUUGUAUAAUAAUUUCGACGGAGAUAUGUAAUUUAACGAAAAAAAAAAAAAUAAAAGAAAAAUACCCGAAGCAGCGAGAUAAACGAUUGCGAAAAGUCACCAGGUUGAUUAUAAAUCUGGAAGCGAUGUGGGUAUUUCCUGAAGGGAAAAAAAUUUGCGCACCCAGUGUAUGCUACCCGAGAGGCUGUUAUUAUUGCUGUAAUUAUCACGUAACUGAUAAAUAUCAUUAACUAUUAAUUAUCAUCAUGAAUUAUGAUUACGACGAAAAAGAAUAAAACAAAUUUGUAAAUACGACGAAUGGUAUCGAUUAAUAAAAAUGUAUGCCAACAUA